CGUUUAACUAAAUUUGCUAGAAAUUAUAAAUAUGAUCGAAGUCAGCCUACUCGAAUUAUCACUUUAUUUUUUACAUUAAUUUAACGUCAUCAAAAAGAAAGCAGUCAUACGUCAUUGAGCUUAAUGCUAACUCUUAAGCACGAAAGUUUGUGUGUUAAGUGGUUAAAAAAAGUAAGUACUUUUUUUCGAAAGAAAAAAAACAAUCGAAUUCAUUUUUAGUAGGUAAAUAAUAAAGUCUAUAGACCGUUAAUAAGUCUCUUAUAAGUACGCAGUCUUUUACCUAAUAUACAGCAUCCAGGAGUAGUAUGUACAGUAUUCAAAUAUUACUCUAAGAACUAAGAGUUUCUACAGAGCUACAGUUCAGCAUCUACAGUAUGAGUUGAAGUGAAACGGUGAAAAAAAAAUGCAGCAUCAAUGUCAUUCAUCAACACAAGCUGAGGCCACGUUGUCAGCGUUCAAGUCCAGGAAACACUGCAGUUGCCAGAAAUCCCACUGCUUCAACGGCCAUUGCAAGUGUUUUGCCAGUGGAGUCCUGUGCCACAACUGUAACUGCAUAAACUGCUGCAACGACGAGGAACAUGAGAGAGAACAACACAAAGUAAAGUUGUAUUUAGACCGAAAAGUGAACACCAACAUUGGCUGCAAUUGUAAACGCUCCAGCUGCCUCAAGAACUACUGCAAGUGCUUUGAAGCAGGGAUUAAAUGCUCAAUCAGCUGUACAUGUGUUGGCUGUAGAAACUACAGAGUUGACGUGGGUGUGAUGUCUGCACAGAACACAUGGCCAGGAUCAGUCAUCACCUCUGCUGUGGUGGAGGCUGUGUGUGGUUCUUUACUGGUCCAGGCUGAACUGGCAGAGAACAUCGACCUGACUGCAGCACAGGCCGAACGCAUGUUGCUGCAGGAGUUUGGUCGCUGUCUGACUCAGAUAACAGAGGCCAUGUUCAAUGAUUAACAUUUCUAUUUCCCAUUGUAUUCACUAGAAGGUUUUUGAAGUAUUUCUUAUACUGUCCCGCCAGCAAAGGGGAGUCGUUAACGUUUCAUUGAAGGGAAGUUAAACGCUUGCAUCCGUAAGUGUAAAUGUUAUCCUGAAAAACUAGAGAGAUUUUGAAGAUCUGUUCACAGAUGUUUCAUUUGAAGCGUUGACUGCACAGAUGGUUUUCACACCUUUAAAUUCUUCUAGUUAUUCGAGUUAUUCUAUAGAAAUCUGGGACAUUGAGGAAUUUAAAAACCUCAAAUAUGUACAUUCAAAUGCAUUCUUCAUGUAUUACUUGUUUUUAUUCUUCUGCAUGACUAAAGCUGUAACUACACACCAGUGUUGAAGAAUGAUUUUUGUUCAUAAUUCCAAAAUAAAAGUGUUUUCUUUGUGUUAU